GAAGGUAACUAUGUCAGCUGCAGCUGUGGAAGCAGUUAAUGCUGCCCCUCUGUCUGGGUCCAAAGAAAUGAGCUUGGAGGAACCAAAGAAAAUGACCAGAGAGGACUGGAGAAAGAAGAAGGAGCUAGAAGAACAACGAAAACUGGGUAAUGCUCCUGCAGAAGUUGAUGAAGAAGGAAAAGACAUCAACCCUCAUAUCCCUCAGUAUAUUUCUUCAGUACCAUGGUAUAUUGAUCCAUCAAAAAGACCAACAUUAAAGCACCAGAGACCACAGCCAGAGAAACAAAAACAGUAUAGCUCAUCUGGAGAAUGGUAUAAGAGGGGUGUAAAAGAGAAUUCGAUAACUACUAAGUAUCGCAAAGGAGCAUGUGAAAAUUGUGGGGCCAUGACACACAAAAAGAAAGACUGUUUUGAGAGACCUAGGCGAGUUGGAGCAAAAUUUACAGGUACUAAUAUAGCUCCAGAUGAACAUGUCCAGCCUCAGCUGACUUUUGACUAUGACGGGAAGAGAGAUCGGUGGAAUGGGUACAAUCCAGAAGAACACAUGACGAUUGUAGAAGAAUAUGCCAAAGUUGAUCUGGCAAAAAGAACACUGAAAGCCCAAAAGCUACAAGAGGAAUUAGCCUCUGGAAAAUUAGUGGAACAGGCUAAUUCUCCAAAACACCAGUGGGGAGAGGAGGAACCAAAUUCUCAAACGGAAAAAGAACAUAACAGUGAAGAUGAGGAUGAAGAUAAAUAUGCAGAUGAUAUUGACAUGCCAGGACAGAAUUUUGACUCUAAGAGACGAAUUACUGUCCGGAAUCUCAGGAUUAGAGAAGAUAUUGCAAAAUAUUUGCGGAAUUUAGAUCCAAAUUCUGCUUAUUAUGACCCCAAAACUAGAGCGAUGAGAGAGAAUCCCUAUGCCAAUGCAGGAAAGAAUCCAGAUGAAGUGAGUUAUGCAGGAGAUAACUUUGUCCGAUACACAGGAGAUACCAUCUCAAUGGCUCAGACGCAGUUGUUUGCUUGGGAAGCCUAUGACAAAGGAUCUGAAGUGCAUCUGCAGGCAGAUCCUACAAAACUAGAGCUGUUGUAUAAAUCAUUCAAAGUUAAAAAAGAAGAUUUCAAAGAACAGCAGAAAGAAAGCAUCCUGGAAAAGUAUGGUGGACAAGAACACCUGGAUGCUCCUCCAGCUGAACUGCUUUUAGCUCAGACAGAGGACUAUGUGGAGUACUCUAGACAUGGAACAGUCAUCAAAGGACAGGAGCGGGCUGUUGCCUGCUCCAAAUAUGAGGAGGAUGUGAAGAUCAACAAUCAUAUGCAUAUCUGGGGAUCUUUUUGGAAAGAAGGCCGAUGGGGAUACAAAUGCUGUCACUCUUUUGUCAAGUAUUCUUAUUGUACUGGAGAAGCUGGGAAGGAGAUUGCUAAUGCAGAGGAAUGUAUUCCAAGUGAUAUAAUUGGAGAAGAGUCCCUGAAGAAACCUCAAACCCUCAUGGAGAUGCAUCAGGAAAAACUAAAAGAGGAUAAAAAGAAGAAAAAGAAGAAGAAACAUCGAAAGAGCAGUUCAGAUAGUGAUGGUGAAGAAAAACAUGAAAAAUUGAAAAAGGCAUUGAAUGCAGAAGAAGCCCGCCUUCUUCACGUCAAGGAGAUCAUGCAAAUAGAUGAGCGGAAGAGGCCUUACAAUAGCAUUUAUGAAACUCGCGAACCAACAGAAGAGGAAAUGGAGGCCUAUAGAAUGAAACGUCAGAGGCCAGAUGACCCCAUGGCCUCUUUCCUUGGCCGGUAGUAACCAGUCAUAGAAGGUCAUCCAGAAUGGACACAACUGAUAGGUUCUUUUCAGCUUCUUGCUGAUAAUUGUAAAUAGCCAAAUCCUUGUCUGCUCUUCUUACUGCCUGACUUUAAUAAAACUUUUAGA